AUGGCGUUCGCUGCAGAGAUAGAGGGCCUCACAGGCGACCUCAUCGAGGCACUGACCCAAACGAAAGCCUCUUCCGACAAGAGCUUUCUUCGGACUCGCGAUGCUGCUCUUCGGGCCUUCAAGGGAAACAAAUUCCUCCGCACUAAUCGUUUCGAGGUAGAAAAUUCUCUAAAUGGGCUUCAAGAGAAGUUCCGCGUCAACAACAGGGAUGCCCUCGCCGAUGAACUCAAGGCGCGCCUUGACCAGCUGCCAUACGCUCCCUUCAAAUGGUACCCGGAGACUCUGCAGCUAUUACUAGAGCUGUCAGACCGGCCUACACACAACACCAAGCUGCAAGAUAUUUCGCGCAUUUGCGCAGACGACGAUGAGGGACCCAGACUGCAAUGGGAAGAUAUCGCCCGUGAGGACGGCUGGGCGCAAGACUCGGACAUUUGGGACUCGAUCAACUACAGCGACGGAUCCGGAGACGAGAUCUUCGAAGGAGGCCCUGGGGAAGAGUCCGAUGAGAGCUCCCACUUUGGUGGCGAUGCUCCUCCCGGCAGAACAGCCCAAGAUCUCAUCAUCAACCCACAAGACAACGAUGCUCUAAAAGCGGUAAUGAAGCAGCAGCAAUGGAAACAGGAAGAACCGACACGAGAUCCUUCUGGUACAGUUCGAAAGAUUGGCCUUUCGGAAACACAGGCUCUCGGUGAAGUUCUGUUCAUGCUUCAAGGCCUAUCGACCACAUUGUUCGACGCCGAUGGCGCGCCCGAUCCUGCAUUUCAGAUAUCCAACAUAGCAUGGCAGACACACAAAUCUUUGCUCACGACAUUUUCAGAAGCUGGCGGAUAUAUACAGAUUCUACGAGGUUUUGCCGCUCAGCACGAAAGAGAGCCGCAGCUACAAGCUCUGCAAGACUGCGUGACGGAGCGCGUGCGUGUUCUGGACAGGCACCUCGUGCAUAUCCAAGAGCGACUUGCCAGUCCUUCUGACCAAGUCGUCGUCAGUCUGAUAGCCGCCCGGGAGGAGCUCACACCCGUGCUGGAACCGCUCUUCAAGCUGUCUGGCGUUAUUCUCAAGGUGCAGCAGAACCCGACGUCGGACAACUUUCGAUACCUGGAGCUGCUAUUUGACGAGUCGAGCAUGGCGCAGCUGACGGGGAAUCAGCAGUUGUACGAGUUUCUGGCGCGCAUCUUUCUCGAGUGCUUCACCGUCUACCUGCGCGAGAUACGCAGCUGGGUCGAGGAGGGCAGGCUGCUGCCUAGCGACGAGGCCUUCUUCAUCUACCACGGCGCCAGAGGUGUGCCGCUCGGCAGCCUCUGGCAGCACCGGUUCAAGCUACGCCGGACCGAAGAUGGACAGCUCCUCGCACCUAGGUUUGUGCAUCCUGCAGCUGACAAGAUCUACACCACGGGCAAGAGCAUCGUCAUCCUGCGCCGCCUCGGCAGUCUCAAGGUCGAAGACAGCCUGCGCAGCGGUGGCGACCAGACGCAGGUUCUCACCUACGAGUCCAUAUGCCCGCCUGGGUUCGAGUCGGCGCCGUUUCCGGACCUCUUCAACAUGGCCCUCGGGCAGUGGAUCGACCGCAAGUAUACGGCCGUGUCGGCGGUCCUCCGGACGACCAUCUUUGACGACGCCGGCUUCGAGGCCUCCCUGCGCGCGCUCCACAGCGUCUACCUCAUGUCCGACGGCGCGGCUGCAUCGUCGUUUUGCGAGCGUCUCUUUGCCAAGCUCGACGCCAAAGACGCCACCUGGCAGAACCGCCGCGCACUCACAACAUCCGCGCAGGAAGCCUUUGCAGGCGCCGUCGACGCCAGCCAGCUGUCUAUGCAUGUCGACGCCGGCGACGGCAGGCACGUGUCGGCCACGGAAGCGCGCAGCUCUGUGAGGGCCUCACUUCCGCUCAUACAGGUCGUGUACCGCCCGGCAUGGCCCGUUCAAAUGAUUCUCGACACACAGAGCACCGCACGCUACCAGACCGUCUUCACCUUUUCUCUACAGGUGAAGCGUGCCGCGCAUGCCCUGCACGCGGCGAAGCUCCGCGACGACCUGCGCUCCGAAGAUGCGGUCAACGACGCCGAGAUGGAAGCGCGGGGGCUAUUCUACGCCGCGCGCAGCAGCCUCGUGUGGUUUGUCGACACGCUGCAGACCUACCUCUCGACAGUUGUGCUGAUCCCUCAGACAGCGCGCAUGCAGCGUGAGCUCCGCGCGGCCCCGGACGUAGACGGCAUGAUGGCCGCGCACGCCCGCUGCGCCAAGCACAUGACGGACCAAAUGUGCCUAGGGGUCAAGCUGGCGCCUUUGCAUGACGCGAUUCUUGAGGUGCUGGAUCUGGGCAUCCAGCUCGAGGAUGCGCGGAUACAGAACGCUGCAGCAGGAGUGGACCGCGAUGGUGACGAGGGCAUGAGUGGCAGCGGCAGCGUCGGGUACAUUAUUGUGCUACGGCAGAUCAAGGCAGAAUUCACGCGGUUGCUGCGAUAUAUAUGUGGUGCGCUGCGGAGUGUGGCAAGGGCCAUCAGCGGCGAGGAUGCGACACGCUGGGAUGUGCUCGCCGACAUGUUGCAGCCGGGUCAUGGCGAGGAAAUGUAA